UUAACAGUUGUGGGUUGGUUGAGACAUACAAGCCCCAGCCAAAUUGAGUUAAGUGCAGUCUAGGAGUUUAAAAAGUGCAAAAUGAAAUCUAUGCUCGUCUUUGGCCUGUUGGCUAUGUGCGUGUUGGCUGUUAGUGCCAGCGAGGAGACAGCCAAGAAGAUUGAAGUGGUGCCCGCUGUUGAGAGCAGCGCGACAGCUGAAAAGAAGCAGGAGAAGCGCGGCAUUGGCCAUACGGGUUACGGUUAUGGUCCAUCAUCGUAUGGUGGUGGUGCCAUUCUGAGCACUGGUCACGCUGCCAUUGCUGCACCCGCUGUUUCCCAUCUGCCCACUCAAGUGCACACCAACACUGUGAUCAAGACCGUGCAGGUGCCCUACCAGGUGGAGCGUCAUGUGCCCUACCCCGUUGAGAAGACCGUCACCUACCCAGUUAAGGUGCCAGUGCCACAGCCCUACCCAGUUGAGAAGAUCGUCCACUACCCAGUGAAGGAGAUCAUCAAAGUGCCCGUUGAAGUGCCACAGCCCUACCCAGUUGAGAAGAUCGUCAAGGUCCCAGUCAAGAUCCCAGUCGAUCGUCCCUACACCGUGCAUGUGCCCAAGCCCUACCCAGUGCCAGUUGAGAAGCCAGUGCCCUACACCGUCGAGAAGCGCGUGAUCCAGAAGGUCCCCAUCCAUGUAGAUCGUCCAGUGCCCUAUGAGGUGAAAGUGCCAGUUCCCGUCCACGUUCAGAGCCAUGUGAAGCCUGCUGUUUCCAUUACCCACACCGUUGCUGCACCAGCUGUCUACAGCCAUGGUAUCUCUGGUCAUGGCAUCUCCGGACCCGGAAUCUCAUACGGCAGCUCUGGCCACGGUAUCUCUUCAUACGAAGGCCAUGGCAUCUCUGGUCACGGUAUCUCUGGACAUGGCAUCUCUUCGUACGGCAUCUCCAGCCACGGCGGUUACCUCCACAAAAAGUAGAUCAAUUUAACGAUAUCGAGGGCUAUGAAUUUUGAACUCGGGUGAAGUCGAGCGUAUCAAAUCCUGUCAAAAUUUUCCAAUUUAAAUAGCAAUUACAAGAACCAAAACUGGAACACAACUCCAACUCAAACCCGAUCCCGAAUCCGAACCCUCAAUGUACGACUUACAAUUUAGUUUUAGUUUGUGAUACCAUCCGAAAUUCUAGGAGGAAGCAACAAUCGCGCAACAUCUAAUUUAAUGCGACAUUCCGGUAAGGGAUUCCCUGGACGGAAUCCUCAGGAAACUUGCCAACAAUCUCCCAAAUCGCAUUUGUUUGUCCUGCUUAUAUUCGUUAUUUCACUCGCCCUUUUAUGUACAGUUCUUUAUAGACGGAAAAACAAAAAUUAGUUGCUCCUUCGACUUCUUCAUGUCAAUUUCUAUUCUAUGAAAUGUUUGUACAUAUUUAAUAAUGUAAAUAAAAAGAAAAAUGAGAAAAAAAA